AUGUGGACGUCUCUCGCUGCUCUGACCAUGUGGACGUCACUCGCUGCUCUGACCAUGUGGACGUCCUCGUGCUCUGACCAUGUGGACGUCCUCGCUGCUCUGACCAUGUGGACGUCCUCGCUGCUUGACCAUGUGGACGUCACUCGCUGCUCUGACCAUGUGGACGUCUCUCGCUGCUCUGACCAUGUGGACGUCACUCGCUGCUCUGACCAUGUGGACGUCACUCGCUGCUCUGACCAUGUGGACGUCACUCGCUGCUCUGACCAUGUGGACGUCACUCGCUGCUCUGACCAUGUGGACGUCUCUCGCUGA